AAUAUCCUCUUGUCAUGGAAAAUGGUACCUUCAGCUGGGGCCCUGAUGAAAGCCCAGUAUUAAGAAGCAUUAAUCUGCAAAUCAAACAGAGUUCAUUGGUAGCUGUUGUUGGAACUGUUGGUUCAGGAAAGAGUUCACUGGUUUCAGCGUUUCUUGGUGAAAUGGACAAAAUUACUGGCAGGGUUAACACCAAGGGUUCAAUUGCUUAUGUACCACAGCAGGCAUGGAUACAGAAUGCUACUUUGAAGGACAACAUUCUGUUUGGUAAAUCCUUAGAGCAGUCUUCAUACCUUCGAAUAGUAGAUGCAUGUGCGCUUAAACCUGAUCUUCAGAUGCUACCGGGUGGUGAUCAGACAGAAAUUGGAGAAAAGGGUAUAAAUUUGAGUGGUGGUCAGAAACAGAGAGUCAGUUUGGCUAGAGCAGUUUAUAGCAAUGCUGAUAUAUAUUUUCUAGAUGAUCCUCUCAGUGCUGUUGAUAGUCAUGUUGGAAAGCACAUCUUUGAAAAUGUUAUUGGACCAACAGGAUUACUGAAAAAGAAGACACGAGUGCUGGUGACACACAGUAUAACAUUCCUGCCAGAGGUAGACCUCAUUGUAGUUCUUAAAGAUGGUGAAGUUACUGAAAUUGGUGCUUAUAAGGAGUUGCUUGAAAAGAAGGGUGCAUUUGCAGAGUUCCUUGUGCAGCAUCUUCAGGAGGCUGCCACAGAUGAAGGCGAUGGAGAGCUUGAAGAGAUCAAACAACAGUUGGAGACGACAAUUGGUGCUGAAGAACUAUCACAAAAAUUGAAGCGAGCAAGGUCACGAGUUUCAGAAAGUCACAGUGAUAGUGGCUCAAUUGGUGAUAAAAAUUCACUUUCAGUGUCAGGAUCAGUAUACAGGCAAAACUCAAUAGAGAGUAGCACUGAGAAGAGUAAUAGCCUUAAAAGAGCCAAUAGUGUUGAGAAGAAUAAUGUACUUGUUAAAUCAGUGCAGCCUGGGGAGAAGCUUAUAGAAAUUGAGAAAGCAGAAACAGGAAGUGUGAAAUGGGCAGUUUACUCACAUUACCUGAAAUCUGUGGGCAUAUUUCUCUCAUUAGCCACAAUAUUAUUUAACUUUGUAUUUCAAGCAUUUUCAAUCGGUACUAACAUCUGGCUAUCUGUCUGGUCAAAUGAUGCUGAUUAUGUUGCUAACACUUCAGAUACAGCGAAGAGGGAUCUCUACUUAGGCGUAUACGGAGCACUGGGUUUUGGGCAAGCUCUUGUCUCCUACUUAACUGAUCUGCUGCCACUGCUGGGCUUAUGGCAUGCAGCCAGAACAAUGCAUGCAGCGAUGUUGUACGGGGUUAUGCGUGCACCGCUCAUGUUCUUUGAUACAACACCCAUUGGUCGAAUAAUGAGCCGCUUCUCAAAAGAUGUUGAUGUCUUGGACACUACGAUGCCCCAGCUGAUUUCUGAUUGUCUCUAUUGCUUGUUUGAG